CCUUGGACCGAAAAAAUUUGGUCAAAAUCCCUAAUAGAAUUUUCCCGCCAGAUUUGUGAAAACACCCCUCCUCGAUUGUCGUCGAUACAGUCCAGGCUCCUGAAAUGUUCUCGUCAGGGCGAAAUUAGGGUUUCUUCAUUCUCGUCCUUGAGAAUCGUAUUGGAACAGGAAGGAGAGGAAAUGGGUAUUCAAGGGCUUUUACCGUUGCUGAAAUCGAUAAUGGUACCGAUUCAUAUCAAGGAGCUUGAGGGUUGUAUCGUCGCCGUUGAUACAUAUUCAUGGCUACACAAAGGUGCUUUAUCUUGUAGCCGAGAGCUCUGUAAGGGAUUACCCACCAAGAGGCAUAUUCAAUAUUGUAUGCAUAGAGUGAAUUUACUCCGCCAUCAUGGAGUGAAGCCUAUCAUGGUCUUCGAUGGAGGUCCAUUACCGAUGAAACUAGAACAAGAGAAUAAGCGUGCUAGAUCCAGAAAGGAAAAUCUUGCACGUGCAUUGGAACAUGAAGCAAAUGGAAAUUCCUCAGCUGCUUAUGAGUGCUAUUCAAAGGCUGUAGACAUUUCACCUUCUAUUGCACACGAAUUGAUACAGGUUCUGAGGCAGGAGAAUGUUGAUUACGUUGUUGCUCCGUAUGAGGCUGAUGCGCAGAUGACAUUCUUGGCUAUUACUAAGCAAGUUGAUGCGAUUAUCACUGAGGAUUCUGAUCUCAUACCUUUUGGCUGCCCAAGAAUCAUUUUUAAAAUGGACAAGUUUGGUCAUGGUGUUGAGUUUCAAGCCUCCAAGCUACCCAAAAAUAAGGAUCUCAGUCUUUCGGGAUUUUCAAGCCAAAUGCUUCUCGAAAUGUGCAUAUUAAGUGGCUGCGAUUAUCUGCAGUCACUUCCAGGAAUGGGACUCAAAAGAGCUCAUGCACUCAUUACGAAGUUCAAAAGCUAUGACAGGGUAAUUAAGCACUUAAAGUACAGCACAGUUUCAGUUCCUCCUCUUUAUGAAGAGUCAUUCAAGAGAGCUUUACUGACUUUCAAGCAUCAACGUGUCUAUGACCCAAACACUGAAGAUAUUAUACACUUAUCUGACAUUUCUGACUACCUUGGCGAAGAUUCAGAUUUUGUAGGCCCAUCGAUGCCACAACAUAUUGCUAAGGGUAUAGCACUAGGCCAGCUUGAUCCCUUCACACAGUUGCCAUUCCAGGCUGAGAGUGUUACUCCUAUAUUGGCUGUUGAUGUUAUAUCCCGCCCCAAAAGUUUCAAACCUGAAACUGUAAAGAAAAAGCUUGAUUUGCCAGUCCAGAAAAACCUUCUCACAAAGUACUUCUGCUUUGCAUCUGUUGAGGCUAAAAGAAAAUUCAAGGCUCCUAGGAUAUCACCAAUGUCUCUGACCCCUACUGAUGAGUCUCCAAGUACUCCUGAGGAUAAUGCAACGGAUAUAGAUGCUCUUUCAAGUCAGACAACAAAUGAAUCCCCGGUUUAUAGCUUGGGUGAAAAUGCAUGUGUUAGCAAAGUUGCAGAGAAAAGAGAGUCACCCGAUGACGAUGCAAUGGAAAAGAAUCACAAGCAUCUUCAUCAUAAAUACGGCGAGCGGAAAGUGGAACGGCCGAAGACAGAUAGUUUGAAGGUUAUAGUAAGAAGCAAGUAUUUUAAGCAGAAGCAGGAGGACAAAGGUCUUAAACAACCGAUCCCGUGUCUUAAUGAUUGCUCUGUGAUUGGUCAGAGAAAGGCUGUUAAAUCUGUGAUUAACAUGUCAAGCGCGUCUAAAAGAGAAGAGAAUCACAGAGCUAUAGCAACAACAAGCCCAUGUUUACAUCACGACCGAAUCUACAACGAUCAUGAAGAUGCUAAAGAAGCGAGUUUCUCUGCCAUGAAUGAGGUGGCUGAGAGAACAACAGACAUCCAUAAGAUAAACCAUCAGAUCGAUGAAGAAGAACAGAAUCCAUCCGUUGAAAUCCCGUCUGCCUUUAGUACUCCCGAGAAUGUUAUACCUCUCUCUUCCAUUGCUAUCAAUAGUUUUCAUGGAGCUGCAACAGGGAAGAGGAAGCUUGACUUAGAUGAAAAUCUUCAGAAGGAAAAUCAAAAUUCCAAGCACAUGCGCAUGGAUGAAACAGAUCCCGUUCUCAAUGCUGAAACACCAGUUGAAACCGAUGAUGUUGAGAAGUUUGGAUCGAACAUUUCACAUAUAGGGCAUUACUCAGAAAUAGCAGAGAAAUCAGUGGAAAGAUUUGUCUCAGCUAUAUCAUCUUUCAAAUAUUCUGGGACUGGCUCUCGUGCUAGCGGCCUGCGUGCACCUCUCAAAGAUAUCCGCAACACUUGUCCGUCCAAAGGGUUCUCUCUUAAACCAGACAUCAGCAAGUUUGGCUAUGCGUCAAGCAACCGACACAUGGUGACAAAGUCAAGGCGAUUGUGAGCUCAGAUUUGUAAGUUAACCAUCUCUUUAGGGCCACAUGUGAGAGCUUUAGCUUUGGAAUCAACUUCUUGGUCGCUUGAUAUAUUUGGUGUUGUAACUGUAUUAGCUUUUUACUGUGCAUAGCAUUCUUGUUCAAAAUACAACAAAUUGAUUCAUAAAUGAAACAACUUAACUUUCAACU